AUGCUGAAGAUUACGGACUACCAUCAACGUUCUCACGACGUCCUAACCACCUGUGAUCUUUGCGUGCUCGAUGAUCUACGCCUCUUCUACAUCCAUCACGCCACUCGAUCGUCCCACUGGGAGCCGCCGUGGGCCGCGUGGAACUGUAGACUUGGGCUACCGUAUGCCUGGGAACAAGCCGUUGAUGCCGAUGGACAUGUUUAUUAUAUUGACCAUAUUCAUCGCCGAACCACUUACCUCGACCCAAGAAGACCGGAAGCCUUGGCUGAAGCUCGAAAGGUUACUGUCCGCCGGGAUCCGGUUAAAGGCUUCGGUUUUGUAGCUGCUGGCCAGCAUCCGACGGUCAUCCAAUUUGUAAGCCCAGGCGGCCCUUCAGAUGGUAAACUCUAUGCUCAAGACGAAAUUUUGGAAGUAGAAGGCGUCGACGUCAGCAACGAGCCAAAAGACGAAGUGGUGAAUCGGGUCCGGGCCGCUUCAGAUUCUAUAACAUUGACUGUUCAGCAAUGCAAGCCAUCCCCACGACGCCAAUGCCGUGUACGAUUUACAGAUAGUGUCCAGAUUUCUUCGCCAGAUACUACGGGUCUCCCUCCACCGUUGCCAAACGUUUUAAGGGUAUUUUUGGAAAACGGUCAAACACGAUCUUUUCGUUAUGAUGAAGCCACAACAGUAAAGGACGUCUGCGAGUCUCUAGGAGAAAAGCUCUGCCUCGGCUCCUUGGACCACUUCUGCCUCUGCGUGGAGUAUAACCUUGGGGCGCGGUCAAGUCGAAUUACGAUGUUGCGACCUGAGACGACGCUCGAGUCGAUCGCGCUGUUGCCAAAUGCCUCGCAUCUAAGAUGCGUCUUCCGGUUUGCAUUUGUGCCUGCCGAUAGUGCGGCGUUGCUGCAGAGGGAUCCGAAGGCAUUUGAGUAUUACUAUAGUCAAUGUGUGAGCGAUAUGGUGCAGGGAAGAUUUGCGUAUGAGAUGAGAUAUGAGGCGUGCAUCCGUCUAGCCGCCCUCCACAUCCAACAGCUCUGCCAAUCCACCGGAUGCUGUUUUCGUGAGGGCAAAAUCUCAUUGCGCAAAGUGGAAAAGGAAUUCGGCCUGGUCACCUUCCUCCCGACCGUCCUCCUCGAGAACGUCAAGCGGAAAGAAGUGCGGCGUCAUCUACGUUAUUACCUACGACGCGACGAUCCAAAUGCCGAUAAAAACUCUGCCCCGAUCUCGCAAGAAGAACGAUCUCAACUAUCCCGGUUGAAAUACGUGCAAAUCGUUUCGCAUCUACCAUCAUUUGUCGGCAGAUCUUUUUCUGUAACUUUGAAGGACUCGCAUACAGAUAUGAUUGUGCAGGUCGAUCCAGUUGGUGGUCUUUUAAUGCGGCAUCCAGGGAGUACAAGAGCUGGGCAGCCGACAAUAUCAGUCGGUUUCGACCUCCUCGCCGCCGUUAGUAUCCGAACGGAAACGCCGGUGUUGACAAACGUAUCGAUAAAAUUGCACAAUAAUUCUAAUCAGGGUCUCGAAUUCCUCGUCGAUAAAGAUGAAGUCUCCGAUCUUGCUGUUUUUAUCUGUGGCUACUAUCGAUUGGCAAAAGGUCAAGAAUUACCACUGGACUCGAAAGAAGCACCACCUCCAGUCGAAUUAGACGGCAGUUUCGAACCACCACCUUACGAUGCGGUCCACGCUGUAGUCCCCGCCGGAUGGAAUUAUUCAGUUCAUGCAAGCCCUGGGGAAAAGCUCAUCGACUUCUCUGAAGAACCACCGCCAUACCAUGUGGCUAAUACCUUUAAUGAAGUGCAGGAAACGAGAGACAAAACCUUUCAAAUAUCCAAGCCAGAGCUACCAUUGAUAGAGGAGGAAUCAAAUCGGGCGGCGUUACAAAGCAAAUUGUUAAAGGCAACGGAUUCAUUUUUGAUAAAAAGCAGCAAAGAGCUUCAUAUAAAGGAGACGACAAGCCCGUUAUUAAAGAGGCGUUCAAAUCCAAGCGGCCGGAAAGUAGAUCCGUUUUCGGAUUCUUCAGAUACGGAGGGGAGUAGUCGCGCAAGUCCGACCAGAUUACCUCGAGAUGUUUCUACCCUCUCCGGCCUUUCCACUCUCUCCGAAUUAUCAUCUCCAGAACAUCACGCUAGCGUUGAGACAUUAGUGCAUGCAGGGCAAAAUGGAUUCAAAGGCGACGUUCACAACAAUUUCAACGUCAUCGACUUGACGUCAAUCACGCCUUGUGAGGAGCAGAAGGGGAUAGAUGACGUGGCAGCGCACACGAGAAGGACCCUCAACGGCGCCCACCCGCAAUCAGCUCGUAGCGACCGUCGCCCGAAAGGUUCCGACGUGUAUAUGUCGAGAAUGAACCUGGAUCGAGCGGGUGUUGAGGACUUCCUCCGGCGCAGCAAUUCCAUCUGUGAGAACUCUGACGCGAUGGAAGAAGUGCCAGUCCGACGGAUGAGCCUCAAGGAAUAUACCGGUGUUGAGAGCGAGCAUAUCGCUAUUGGCCGUGAAGCCGAGCAUCCUUCCUGGAAGGAGUCGGUGAGUUCGGCGUCGUUGCUGAGCUCGUGCUCGAAGCGUCGCAGGUCUCUCCUCUCCAAUGAGCAAAAUGCUUCCGGAAGUACCCAGAAGCUGAGCGUGCAAGUGGAAGAACCACUUUCGAUUGAGAUUGUUCGUCAUCGGAUUGAAUCUCUUCGCAGCAAGCUUAACGACACGCAAAAGGAUCCGGUUGGCGUUAAGGGACCAAAGCUGACGGAAGUGAAGAAGAAGCUGUGCGAAGAGAUGCAACUUCUGGAGGGGCUGGUCGGGGAAUACAAUACUGCCGGAGAUGGACAGGCUGUGAUUGCCACUGAGAUGUACGAAGUGAUCAAACACGUCGUUGACGUCAUCGACGAGAUGGCGGGGCAGUGUGACGUCUUCCAUCGAAAGCUCGUCAACGAGGAGAUCGAUCAGGUUCUAAAGGCGUUAGGAGCUCUGUUCGCCGAAACUCCAAGCGCUGACGCCACUCCAACGCACCUUCUCGGCGCCAUCAUCCAACUUCGCCAUACCCUCGAGGGUCUG